GGCGUCCAAAAGGACUUGGAACCAGACCCACGCGCUCGGCAGGACAGAGCGGGCAGUCAUUUUGGAUCGCGCCGGCAAGAUGGCAAAGCUCCUCCGACUGCUAGCGGUCUGCACCGCGCUGGUUGCCGGCCAAGGCAACAGCACGGAGCCACCCUCGCUCGUGCCCGACCCGACCGAAAUGACACCGACGCCGACGACUUUGCUGCUCAGUGCGACGACGUCGGUGCCGGCGACGACGACUCCGCCGCUGAAACCAGCCAUGACUACGGCGCCGACGGCAACAGAGCCCGUUGCCACCGCGACCCCACGACCGACGACGAUGGUCCCGACUACCCUAGCCCCAAAGCCGGAGACUACUCAACCCGACCGUGCGGACACCGUGGCCCCGACGCUUGAACCCAACACGUCGGCGCCAACGGCUACGAUUCGUACGUCGAACAACACGACUAUUCCGGCUCCCCCGCCCAAGCCAACGAUGAGCGCCCUUCUGCGGACAGCGUUGCCGACGACAGCAACCACGACCCUUUCCAUCUCUGACGACGCCGCAUCUGGGCUCAGUGCCAGCGUCUUAUGGCCGCUUGCAUGCGGUAUCGUGGGAUGCGCCGUCGCGAUCGCCUUUCUGUUCUCGAUGCGGCGGUCGAAUCGCGAAAAGCCAGCGUCGCCGUCACCCGUCGCGUCGCCCGACUCGUCAGCCUGCUCCUUCUUUAGCUCGCGCAACGGACCGAGCGAUCUUGGUAUCACAAACGAGUUGCUCCGCAGCACCAACCCGAUCUUUGAUUUGAUGGACUCGAUGACGACCGACCCGGUGUUUGAGACGCUCACCGCGUCGGCGUACUCGCUGAGCCCAUCGCUUGCAGGUGGCACCAGCGUCUCUACGACGCACUCGACCUUGCUCAACAGCAGCUACUCGGAAGACAUCUAUUGCAGCGUGCUCUCGGACCGGCUGCUCUUGACCGGAGGUCCGUCCGAGCUCUCGGAAGAACACGAGACUCCAUCCCAGCUUGGCGACGACGACCAUUCGUCGCUUCACGAUGACGACGACGAUGAGGCGGAUGAAGAUGGGCGCAGCAGCACGAUCGAAGUGCUACACUCGGGCUACGGCGUCGACAUGGCAGCGCUCCAAGAAACCUCGUCCCUGAGCCCGUACAUGGACACGACGCGCUUCCAGGCCAUGCUCGACACGCCCGUGUACCUUGGCCAGAACGACGUCUGACCUCUUUUUAGUACUAGUUCUUAACGUUAUGUAUUCGUCCUGUUGUCUGUUCCA